AGCCUCAGUGAAGGACCAGGGGCAGAACGCCUUAAUUUAGUUAGUGGAACGUAGAGGUGCAGAUGCCCCGGAUUUGCGGAACGAUUCAAGCAGAGUAAUGCAGUUUCUGCCCGGAUUUUGAAAGCCGCUUCCGUUGCGCGGCGGAAGUGUGAGUCGCAAGAGGACGACUCGGGGAAGAAUCCGCUCUCCGCUGUGUGUGCACAACCGGAAUCAUGUCUAGUUUGACGGUGAGAGACCCGGCAAUGGAUCGAUCACUGCGUUCCGUGUUCGUGGGGAACAUUCCGUAUGAGGCAACUGAGGAGCAGUUGAAGGACAUUUUCUCCGAGGUUGGUUCCGUUGUGAGUUUCCGGCUGGUAUACGAUAGAGAGACGGGAAAACCUAAGGGUUAUGGCUUCUGCGAGUACCAAGACCAGGAGACCGCGCUUAGUGCCAUGCGGAACCUUAACGGGCGGGAGUUCAGCGGGAGAGCGCUUCGGGUGGACAAUGCUGCCAGUGAAAAGAACAAGGAGGAGUUAAAGAGCCUAGGGCCUGCAGCGCCCAUCAUUGAUUCACCCUAUGGGGACCCCAUCGAUCCAGAAGAUGCCCCUGAGUCAAUUACCAGAGCAGUCGCUAGCCUUCCCCCGGAGCAGAUGUUUGAGCUGAUGAAGCAGAUGAAGCUCUGUGUCCAAAACAGUCACCAGGAAGCUCGAAAUAUGUUACUUCAAAACCCACAGCUGGCUUAUGCGCUGUUGCAGGCGCAAGUAGUGAUGAGAAUCAUGGAUCCAGAGAUUGCUCUGAAAAUUCUGCAUCGCAAAAUACAUGUCACACCACUCAUCCCAGGCAAAUCUCAAUCCGUUUCUGGCCCUGCCCCUGGCCUUUGCCCAGGACCUAAUGUUCUGCUGAACCAGCAGAAUCCUCCAGCCCCUCAGCCUCAGCAUUUGGCCAGAAGACCUGUGAAAGACAUCCCUCCUCUGAUGCAGACCCCUAUCCAGGGUGGAAUUCCAGCCCCGGGCCCAAUUCCAGCUGCAGUUGCUGGACCUGGCCCUGGCCCUGGCCCCUUAACUCCUGGUGGAGCAAUGCAGCCCCAAGUUGGAAUGCCAGGGGUUGGUCCAGUGCCCUUAGAGCGGGGGCAGGUGCAGAUAUCAGAUCCUAGAGCUCCUAUGUCUCGUGGACCCAUGACUGCUGGUGGCCUACCUCCUCGAGGACUGUUAGGGGAUGCUCCAAAUGACCCACGUGGAGGAACUUUGCUUUCAGUCACUGGAGAAGUAGAGCCCAGAGGCUAUCUUGGCCCACCACAUCAGGGUCCUCCAAUGCACCAUGCGUCUGGUCAUGACAGCCGGGGCCCUUCCUCACAUGACAUGAGGGGAGGGCCAUUAGCAGAUCCCAGAAUGCUCAUUGGAGAACCCAGAGGACCCAUGAUAGAUCAAAGGGGUCUACCUAUGGAUGGUAGAGGUAGCAGAGAUUCUCGAGGGAUGGAGACUCGAGCCAUGGAAACUGAGGUCUUAGAGACACGAGUAAUGGAAAGAAGAGGAAUGGAAACCUGUGCAAUGGAAGCCAGAGGGAUGGAAGCGAGAGGCAUGGAUGCAAGAGGAAUGGAGAUGAGGGGCCCUGGCCCCAGUUCAAGAGGCCCUAUGACUGGGGGAAUUCAGGGUGCUGGUCCUAUUAAUAUGGGGGCAGGUGGUCCUCAGGGACCCAGACAGGUCCCAAGCAUUUCAGGGGUGGGAAAUCCUGGAGCUGGCAUGCAGGGGGCAGGUAUGCAAGGAGCAGGCAUGCAGGGGGCGGGCAUGCAAGGGGCAGGCAUGCAGGGGGCGGGCAUGCAAGGGGCAGGCAUGCAGGGGGCGGGCAUGCAAGGGGCAGGCAUGCAGGGGGCGGGCAUGCAAGGGGCAGGCAUGCAGGGGGCGGGCAUGCAGGGGGCGGGCAUGCAGGGGGCGGGCAUGCAAGGGGCGGGCAUGCAAGGGGCAGGCAAGCAAGGUGGAGGCCAGCCUAGCAGUUUUAGUCCUGGGCAGAGCCAGGUCACCCCACAGGAUCAAGAAAAGGCAGCUUUGAUCAUGCAGGUUCUUCAACUGACUGCAGAUCAGAUUGCCAUGCUGCCUCCUGAGCAAAGGCAGAGUAUCCUGAUUUUAAAGGAACAAAUCCAGAAAUCUACUGGAGCUUCUUGAAAGGUUUUAGAAAAUACUUGGCAGUAGUCCCACAAAGGUUUUCUGUAGCAUAGAGAACGGGUGGGUGCAGAAAGCUGACUUCGUAUCCCCACACUUGAAUGAUUAGGAGUUCCUUCCUCUCAGAACCUAAUCUCAUUUCUUGUAGUCUUCUUAGUUUUUAUUUUUAUUUUUAAUUGUGGGGGAGGGGGAGGGGGGAGUGGGUCUAUUCACUUUAAUUCACUGUAAAUAAUACAAAAAUAACUGAACAUGAUUAUAGUAUACCAAAUAAGAUUACAAAGGAUAUGCAGCAUUGUUAAAAGGGUCUACAAGGUGUUAAGUACAUUUUUAAAAUACUGAGCAAAACAAUGUGAAAACUGCACCUAAAGACUAAAAGAUGACCUGUUAAAAUGGUAAUGUACUAAGAUAGUUUAACAUGUUUGGUUGUAUAAGAAAAUAGAGACGUUUACCUCAAAAUUACAAGAUAAUAGUUUUUGGUAAGCCAUUUAAAACACAGAAUCCUAUUUCAGGGGCAACAGAAUGCUGAAUAGGUUAAGUAUUGUACUGUCUUGGAAUUACUUCAGAAUGUUAGAGCUAAACAGAUAAUUCUCAACUUGUGGUAUUGGAAUUGUUUUUUUUCUGAAGCUAUGCUACCUGAAAAAUCAAGGAAUGCAUCUGAUGUGAUGUUAUUUCAUUUAUCCCAUCCUUCAAGCAAUAUUUUGGCCUGGCCUUGAGACUGACAAUUUUGCUGGGACAGUUCUAGGUCAACGAGGUUACUUAAAUCUGCUCUGAUGAGACUCUCUCUCUCAGUACCUUCCUAUUUCUCAAUAGUCUUUAAGCCCUAAAUCUGAAUCUGAAUAAUUCUCUCACAUCCUUCCCAAAAAUCAGUGUGUAGGAACCAGUUGAUCUGGAUGAAUUAUACAUAGCAUUGGACUUUUCAUAAAUAAUGGAAGGUUUCAUGCAGUAAAGCUCUCUGUUUUCUGGUAACUAGCUUCCAUUACACAGAUCUGUCUGGUCAACCAGAAUCAGGAGUUAAACAUCUUAGUCUCAGCAACAUUUAAAAUGCCUUUUAAUUUUCUUAUUUCAAAAUCUGCUUAUCUGUCACCAUCUUACCAGAAUAACUGAGGCCCAGGUAGGUAAAGAUAUUCUUGUAGCCUGAAAUCUGCUAAAUUGGUUAUUACUUUCCUUUUACAAGUAAUAAAGCCAUUUAAUCCUAAUAUACAUACCCAUGAGACAUACUUAAAAAUCAGUAGGAAAGUGGGGCUUACCACAGUAACUUUAGAUCUACUACUUAAUUUGUCUUUAAGCCUUGAGGAUGUGGAGACAAACAUUUGUGUGACAGAACAAGUAGUAAUAACAGAAGUAUAAACACUUAAAUAACCAGGUGAUCUUACUCAGGAGAAGAAAAGCCAAUACCUAAUUACAGAGGGAAAAAUUACUUAAUACAAAGAGAGAGCAGAGGCUUAGAAAUUGAAUUAUUUUCCCGUUGCAAGGUUUUUACAUCUUAAAAGGAUAAUUCACUCUUUUUAUAAAGUUUACCUCCCUACGAUGUUUCCUGCUACCUAUUUUACUCCUGUUUUAUUGUUCAUACUGUUAACUUCCCCAUGUUUUCUAUAUGCUUCCCCUUAUUGGAGGGGAUAACUCUCCUUUACGUGUAUAGUAGUUCUGGUUAAUACUAAUUCAGAGUUGGCUUGAUUACUUUGAAACUGUAGUUGCUUUAUCUCAAAGCUUUCACUGAAAGGCUCUAACUGAAAACUAUUAACUGUUUUGCUCUUUGUUAUAGUAAAAUCGUACAAUGGAGGCUGA